AUGAUGGUGGAGGACGAGGAGUUGGAGACGCGUCAGCUUGAUCUGGACUCGGACCUGGAGCCGCUCAGCCGGCCGCGCUCCUGCACCUGGCCGCCACCGUGUCCCGAGGACUUCCCCGCAGACCUAAACGGUGCUCCCUGUCCACUAACCGUGUUAAAGACCGAAGCAGACAUAGGACAGAAUCAGUCGUGCAGAUCGGGAAGGAAAAGCGUGAAUCUGGGCGAACUAAAGCGUGAACCUGGAGCGGCACUGAUGCCAUGCCUGACCGCCGCUGCGCUCGAUGUGGCUGGGCAGCUGCGCAAAGCAAAGUCCUCCCGACGCAACGCGUGGGGCAACCUUUCCUACGCUGACCUGAUCACCCGCGCUAUAGAGAGCACGCCCGAAAAAAGACUCACCCUGUCACAGAUCUACGACUGGAUGGUGCGAUUCGUUCCUUAUUUCAAGGAUAAAGGGGACAGCAAUAGCUCGGCAGGGUGGAAGAAUUCCAUACGGCAUAAUCUGUCUCUGCACACCCGUUUCAUCAGGGUGCAGAACGAGGGCACAGGAAAGAGCUCCUGGUGGAUGCUAAACCCUGAAGGAGGCAAGGCGGGAAAAGCUCCCCGGCGACGGGCAGUCUCCUUGGACAACAACACCAAGUACAUGAAGUGCAAAGGCCGUGUAAAUCGCAAGAAGAUGGUCGGCAGGGCAGGUCUGGGCACAGCUGGACAGGGAUUUCAUUGCUCCCCAGAGCAAGGAAGUCCAGUAGGGAAGAAUGUGACAGGAGCAACAGGUGUUGUGGAGGAGUUUGAGGCGUGGACAGAUCUCCACUCACGGACCAGUUCUGCAGCUUCCACUUUGAGCCUGUCACCUAUUAUGGCCGAGGAGGAGUUAGAAAACCAAGAGGAAGGCAGACUGUCCUGCUCCACAUCACCACACAUCUAUCCUAGUCCAUCCAGCACCCAAUCUCCUGCAGCACAUUGCCCACCUGUUGAACUGCCACAGCUAUCCGACCUUACUGGGACCAUCAGCCUGGAAGAAGGUUAUCACCACCAACAGCCCCCAUGCCACAAGCAUUCUGCCUACCAUUAUAGUAGUGGGUCAAAAGGCCAGAGCUCUUAUAGUGGUUCGGUAUAUGGACAAGCAAGUGUGGGCAUGCUGUGCCACCAAUCCCCCUUGCAAACCAUCCAGGAGAACAAGGCCUCCAGCUUCUCUGGCAACAUGCAGACUUACUCAGGCACAAAUGCCUUACAGAGUUUACUGACUAGAGGGUCACAGUACUGUGCCAAGGACAUGAUGCUCGGCCAGGAGCAUGAGGUCAUGGCGAUUUCCUCCAGCAGUGGGGUGGGAAGCCAUCAUGGGCACAACUCUGGGCACACCCACAACAGCACACAUGAUCAUAAUCCUACUCCCAGCACCCACAGUCUUAAUCCGUCACACAACCACAUCUCUGCUCCAAACACAACCAGCAACCCCACUCACAGCCACAGCAUGAAUCAUAGCAUACAUCACAGCAUAGGACAGAACCAUUCUACUCAAGUCCAUGCCAUUAAUGCGCCAACCAUUAGUGGCCACAUGCAGCCCUACAGCCAUAAAGCUUCAUAUCUGUACAGUACUCCAGCUCAUGCACACCUUCCUGCCUCCACCACAUUACCCUCGAACCCUGCCGGGAUGCAGGGUGUCUCUCAGGAGUCCUGCCACCUAGCCACUGCCCCACGUCCACAUCCACGGUACAACACGACAUACCCAGGCCCACACCAGCAAGGAAUGGCUGAUGGCCCAUACCAUCAAGCUCAGGUAAUAGGAGAAGGAGCAGGGGGCAGUGGUUAUCAAGGUUUUCACCACCCCCAUCAUGGCUACCCCUACGAACGGCUUCCGGCAGAUCUAGAUCUGGACAUUUUUCAUGGCAGCCUGGACUGUGAUGUUGAAUCUGUUCUUCUACAUGACAUGAUGGACUCAGGUGAGGAGAUGGACUUUAACUUUGACUGCUCCCUGGCACAAGGCAUGGGAGUCGGAAUGGGGAUUGGGAUGGGAAUGGGAAUGAGCAUUGGACUUACAGGCCCACAGCAGAGCCACAGCAACCAGAGCUGGGUGCCUGGCUGA